AUGCGCUCGCAUACGUUGGCGAGGGCGGUGCUGCGCGCUGCUGCUCGUGGCCCUGCAUCGCGCGCCCUGGUUCGACCGGCGCUUCCCACCGCUGCUAUUGCUGCUCCCCCCGCAUCGCAGUGGGCAUCCGCACAGGCAUUCAGCUCAUCGAGCAGCUCGCUCAAGAAGAAGUCCAAGAAGAGCCUGGUCGUCGAGGAGGAUUUCGCAGCCGAUCAGGAGUCGGACGAGUUUGCGAUCGAGGACGAUGAUCUUUUUGGGAGCGUUGCGGAUGCGGGCACGUCGGCUUCGGCGACGCCUGCAGCGGCCGAGACUUCGCGCGUCGAGAUGGUCAAGGCGCUGGAAGACUACCGCGCGUCGUUGGAGUGGGACGUGCUGGAUGCGGGACGCUUCCCGAGUCUGUCGCGCUUCCGUGCGCUUGCCGGGCGCAUGGGCACGCGCGAGGAGCUCGAGCAGAUGCUCGACAUUGCCAAGGUCUACCGCGACCGCGUGGGCAGUUUGGGGGUCGAGUCCGGUCGAGCACUUGCGUCGCGUGCGGCGAGGAUGCAGCUGCCGGAACUGGCGCUCAACGCGUUCCUGGACAGGUACACGUACGGGCUCGAGUACGAUAUGGAGUCGCUGUAUCUGCUUCAGACGGCGCUGACCAAGAAGCUCAACCGCAACGACCGUGCGGAGCUGCUCGAGAGUGCCGAGUUGCCCGGUGCUCCCACGCACGAGACGGAUCUGUUUGGCGUGGUCCCCUCCGAGACCGCUGCUGUGGAGGGAGAGGAGGGAAAGGCCGAGGCGAUUUCGCGCAAGCACGAGCUGGACAUGCCGCUGGCGCGCGCGCAGAUCAGCCUCAUCGACCGCAUGACCAUGCUCACCACGCUCGCACAGACGCUUCGACCCAACGCUGGCACGUACGAUGCACUGCUCUUGUCGCACCUUCCGCACGCGUACAUUACGACGUUCCGUCUGACGUCGAACCGCAAUGCGCCCACCAACCCGCUGCUGAAGAACGUGUUUGCACGAACGGAUGCGCUGAUUUCCAUGCUCACCAGCGCAGCACACGGGGCACUCACGCAUCCGACGCAAGAGGCGUAUCUGAUGGGCAACGAGACGCUGGUGCGCACACGCAGCGUACGGCUCUACCACAACCUCGCGGCUGCACUGUCCUACGUCGCCAUGCGAGGUACCGACGUCGCCAAACGCGCACAGGAGGAUCCCGUGAAAACCCUCUACACCUACAUGGACCACCUCGCACCCAACCAGGCCAACACGCUCAUCCGCAAGAUCGAGCCGCUUCUGCAAACGUACGAGUCGAAAAAACCGCUGGCCAACGCCUAA